CUUAUCUUCUGCUUUCAUCAGCUGUCUAAAUUUUGAGGAAUAAAAAAACUUUGCGUGGGAUCCUAGGUGUGCAAUCGCGGUCUAAUAUAUAUCUGUAUUGAUUUCUGUAAUAAGGCAUUUGAUUGGUUAAUUUUAUUUGCUGCCCCCCUCAGCUGUCUUGUCGUGCAAUAAAUUGUUACUUCCCUUUAGCCGAUGUAAAAUUGUGUUCGCCCCCCUUCAAAGUGUAAGGCAACUUGAAACUUUGCAAAUCUCCGGAAAAUCUCGUUGAAUUUGUCGGAAAUCGUCGCCCGGGAAUAAUCAAUAGCCAUUCGCUGCAUCAAGUCGAGGCUGGAGACAGACUUCACAAAUAUAUCUCAGAUCGAAGAGUGGGGUUGGGAGGCGAAACUAAAGCAAGCGAUGUAUAGCUCUCGGACAGCCUUUCUCGUCGUCUCUGUCCUAUUUCAGGUGGCUAAAUGUUCUUUAGGAGAAACCAAUGUAACAAAGACACCUUCUCCACCCCAGAAGUAUGUGGAAUGUGUAGCUUGCACUGGUUGUGAAGAAUCUUUGGGAAGUUGCAAAGGAGCAUUUGGCUGCUUUACAAUAAUUAAACCAGAUGAUGAGAAAACUGGUUAUGAUGUGACUAAGGGAUGUAUUGAAAGUGCAUUAAACCAUAUGAUAACCUGCGAGAAUGCACACCAUCCUGUCUAUUGUUGUGAUGAAUAUAUGUGUAAUUGGAAUGUUACACCUCCAUUUCCAACAACACAACCAGUAUCAUCUCCUAGCAAACAUGGCAAAAGUGAAAGCACAGAGUUCAUCCUGUUGAGUAUUUUUGCUCCAGUAGCUGCUCUUAUAGUCGGCAUUAUGGUCGUUUGCCUGGUGUAUCAACUUUUACAGAAACGUCAACUUAAGAAUGGUAGAUAUCCAAAUCUAAGGUAUGUUCGGCAUGCAACAACAGUUCAUGAAAAUGGUUGCGGCACAGUAACGGAGUGUGGCAAAUGUAGUUCGUCCAAGUUUUCAAAAUUUGCUCAGCGCACAGCAGCACAAGAUUUAGACUUGAUUCAAGUCAUUGGUGAAGGUCGAUAUGGCAAGGUGUGGAGAGCUCUUUGGCAUGGUGAUGAUGUUGUGGCUAAAUUGUACAUUCCAAGUGAGGAGAAGUUUUUCAAGAAUGAAGUUGACGUCAACAACAAAGUAGGAAAUCAUGAAAACAUUCUUAGAGUACAACACUGUCACACUGCAUUUUUAUGGAAUAAGGUGACAUACAGGUGUAUUGUAAUGGAGUUUCAUGAGAAUGGGUCUCUCUAUGACUUUCUUAAUCAUAGACCUGUCAGUAUAGAAGAGAUGUGCUCUUUAGCUCUUUCUGCUGCUCGCGGAUUGAACCAUUUACAUGGUGAAAUCUAUGGACGUAAGGAGAAGUACUCCAUCGCACACCGUGACAUAAAAUCCAAGAACAUCAUGGUGAAAUCAAAUCUCACGUGUGCAAUCGGAAGCUUGGGAUUGGCUGUCGUCCAUGACAGAUCACAAGAUAAGAUCAUCACAGAGGACAAGCGCAGGGGAACAGCACGAUACAUGGCCCCUGAGGUACUGGAUGGCUCAGUGGUUAAAUCCUUUGAGUCCUACAAACGAGCUGAUGUGUAUUCCUUUGGUCUUGUUUUGUGGGAAAUAACAAGAAGAACGUUUACUGAAGGCAUCAGGCCAGAGCGUUAUGAGCUUCCAUUUUAUGACAUGGUAACAGCAAACCCUGGCUAUGAUGAAAUGAAGAAAGUUGUCACUGAACAGGAGAAAAGGCCGCUUGUUCCCAACAGAUGGACGGAAAAUAGCGCACUUGAAGUUAUGGGUAAGUUGAUGAAAGACUGUUGGAAACAAAAUGCGUCAGCUCGUCUCCCAUCACUCAGAGUGAAAAAGACCUUGUCAAAGCUAAUGGAAAUGGUUAAACCACCACCAACAAAUACAUCUUUGUCAGAAGAAUUGUCAGCCUUUCAGGAUGUCAAUAUACACAUUCCAGAGAACUGUGAGACUGCCAAGGUGUAAAGUCAUCAAAGGGUAUAAUAAUUAGUGUCAUCUAUGGCAUUCACCAGUUAACGGUGAUCAACAGUCAUUUGUUAACAAGUGACACCAUAGAUUACUGUAGCCUGAAUAUGCUCGCAAACCCUUGUGAGGUCACCCAGCUUAUGAUCUCAUCAUGUCCUGACUCAUGAAUGCGGUAACAGAGAAUUAUUCCCUUUCAGUUAUGAGCUCUUUCACUUUUUUUUGUCUUCACCUCCAGACCAAAUAUUGCUAAAGUAGUGUAGCAGUACUCGUCUGCUACAGACGAAAAAUGAUGUAUGAUUACAACUAUUUAAUUAGGAUUAUUUUGUGUUGUUGCACUUGAUAGAUUUUCUGGGUUUUUUUUAUGUAGACUGAAAGAAUAAUUUUGAAAUGUAUUUUACGCCUGAUGCAAUAGAC